CACCAAACAUCAAUCGAUCCUCAAUUCUCAAUCCUCAAUUCACUCCAACAGCAAACUUCAUUCAUAGCUUGGCUUGGUUCAUUGACAAUAUCAAACCAAGGAAAAACUUAUAAGCAGACCAUCGGUUCUGAAUCUCUCUUAAACAUCAUUUACUUCAUCAAUUCAAACGAUCAUCAUCACCAAGUCAAUCACUUACGAUCAUGUUAAAGGCUAUCAAAAGGACUCCACAUGUCCUCACCUCAAAGGUUGGAAUGUCAAAGACUUCAAAUGAUGUUGAAGUAGAUGAUCUUAAACGUCGUUUUACAGCUGUUGAGGAAGAGACAGCCAAACUUUUAAAGGAUUCAAAGGCUUAUAGAGAAGCUGUCUCCAAUAUGUUAACAUCUUCUCAUAACUUUGGUCAAGCAUAUAUCACACUUUUAUCACCUAUAGGAAAUGAAUUAGAUUUGGCUACAAGAUAUCCAUCUGCAGCUAAAACGAUUGAACAAAUGACUUCGUAUCAAGAUUUGAUUACAGAUUUAAGAGAUACAGUUCAACCUGAAUUAGAACUUAUUGAUUCACGUAUCAUGGCACCUGUUAAAGAAUUUUUAGAAGUUAUCAAACGGGCCAGGAAAACUAUUGUGAAACGUGAUCAUAAGUUGAUCGAUUUCGACCGACACAAUAACGCUUAUGUUAAGCUACGAGACAAGAAAGAGAAAACAUUAAAGGAUGAGCAGAACAUCUUCAAGUUAGAGCAAGAUUACGAAGCUGCUUUAACGGAAUAUGAACAUUACAAUAAUUUACUGAAGACUGAUAUUCCUAGGUUCUUGGAACUUGCUACUUCUUUCGUCUCACCAUUAUUCUAUUCGUUUUUUUACAUGCAACUUAACGUACUCUAUGUCUCGUUUGAAAAACUUAAACAAUUUGCUGAAGGUAGAUUUGAUUUGACCCAAACUGAUAUUGAAGGAAUUUAUCAAUCAAGGCUCGAAGAUGCAUUUGAAAGACUAGACGGUUUAUCUAUCACCAAACGAGCUCCUCCAACAGCCAAAGCUUUAGCUGAACGUCGACAAAUGGCAGGAGGUGAUCCAUCUGGAUCGCGACCACCAAGUCUCAGUGCUAAACCAUCGUUUAAUCGACCACCUUCACUUGCAUCUAAGCCGCCUUUAGCAUCUAAGCCACCCUUAGGAUCUAAACCUCCAAUGUCAGGAACCAAAGCUGUACCACCCUUAGCACCCAAGCCUUCCAUAGGAGGAGGAAUUGGCGGAAAAGGACCAUUACCAAAAGAUGAGAAUAUCAAUGCUCCACCACCUUAUACACCAGAUGCCACUUCAUCAAGUAAUAAUAACAGUACUGCACCGUCAAUGGGAUCAGUAGCCGCAGCAGCAGCAGCCAUUCAAGCUCAACGACAAAACCAAGCAGCUCCUGCUUCUUUUAAACCUCCAGUUUCAGUACCUCCUAAAACUGGUGCGACUUAUGUAACUGCUACUUAUGAUUUUGUUGCACAAGCAGAAGGCGAUUUGAAUUUUUCGGCUGGUGAUCGGAUCGAAGUGAUUAAAAAAACUGAUAGUGUUGAUGAUUGGUGGACGGGUAGAUUGAAUGGAGUUGAAGGCGUCUUUCCUGGUAAUUAUGUUCAAUGAAACUAAAUAGGUUUGAAAGUACACAAGAUCGAUAGGGGAAAUCGAUUAAGACAAUGAAGUUGGAAGGAGUAAAGCAAAGAUUGGUUAAAUUGGAUAUGAACCAAUUCAUGAAUGGAUCAUCCAUUCAGGCAAUAUGAUGAAGAUGUUUGAAUUCAGAAAUGAAUAAUUGUGUGUGUGUAUGUGUGUCAGUUUUUGAGAAAUAGGACACCAAGCAAGUUUUGUUAUGUUCAAUUUUUUGUUUUUAUUAAGUUUAUACAAUGGUUGUGAAGAGAAUUGAAUUAAAGAGUUUGAGUAAGAAUGUGUAUAAUAUGUAUGAUGAGAUAUAUGAAUACAUACAAGCGACUUGAGACAGAGAUGAUCAAUGG